GGUCUAUUACGUUCCUUUUUCGUCGUGGCGCACGAACCCCGUUCAGACGGUCUAGACGGGUCGUCUUUCAGCCGUUUCCAGCGUUGCCGCUUUUCCGCUUCCCCCACCACUGUCAUCCUUCCCGCAAGCCGCAACAGACGAACACGGAACGAAAUUAUCGGCUGGCUGUGUUGUUGUUGACACCUUUUAGUGCGCCGUCGUUAUUUUCCUCCAUAAAAGGAAACUCCCCCCCCCCCUCGUUAUUUUUCGUAGUUUAGGCUGUUCAGUAAAGACGUUAUCUCGCGUAUUCCAUUCCACGAGUUCUACUAAACUACUAAAUUAUCGCUGAUAUAAAGCUACUUCAUUUUGAUCUGACGGUUUAGCGUUCGUAACUCCGGCUGCGUGAUGGGUAAGUUUUUCUAACCUUUUCGAAGUUUGUCCUAACCUCCAGCACCCUCGUGGUCAUUAGGUCGGGAACUCGAGUCCCUGAUACUAUGUACCCUUGAAUUUAUUUGCAGCGUACGAUUACUUUGGUGACCGGCUGCGAAACCCCAUAGAGGAGCACCGGCGCCGGGUCGCGUAUGGGGUUCACCUGCGGUUUCGGUGCCGGGACCGGUCAAACCCUUUGGAUUUGUCUGUUGAGGCCUUCGUUGAACUAUAUCGGAUGCCUCAGGAUAUUUUCAUGGAGCUGAUGGGAAUUUUGACACCUUUUGCGGAACGCAGGCAAUCUCCCAAUGCUAUACCAUUCUUCAUGCGUUUUCUCUCUAGCCUGUUUUAUUAUGCGACGGGCAGCUACCAGGAGCAUACUGGUACUUCCAUCCACCACCCUCUAAGCCAGUCGUCGAUGGUUAAGAACAUUGAAGAGAUCACCAACCUCCUGAAUCAUCCGACAAUCUUGCCCCGUUUUGUUCGGUUUCCCUGGACAAACGAGGAGCGAGCUGCUCAUAUUGAAACAAACAGUCGCAUGGGCCUGCCAGGGGUACUUGGAUUAAUUGAUGGGACUUUAAUUCCCAUUUUCCCCCCUACCAAACCAAACCAGCAUUACUAUUGUCGUAAAAGGUUUACAGCCAUAAAUGCUGCAGUUGUAAGCAGGUUUUCCCUGUCUCAAUAGUUAAAUGAAGUGUUGCGAUGUGCCACAUGGUUUCAUUUGAUUGCUGUGUUCUCUUUUCCAAGAUUUGUGAUGCGAAUUUAAAAAUUCUGUAUUUGGAUGCCCGGUAUCCUGGUUCGGCUCAUGAUGCCUAUGUGUAUAGGUGGUCGCCACUAAGAGAUGCCCUGAUGAGGGCCUACCAGGGUGAUCAAUGCUGGCUUUUAGGAGACUCAGCUUACCCUCUUGAGCCAUGGUUGAUGCCACCAAUCCCAAAUGCCCCUGU